AUGGAUCCCGUCGGGCCGGUUCGACAUGUCCCAAACGCAAAUGUGGAUUUGAUCCGCAAUUUGAUUCCCGGCAUGCGCUCGUGGCUGCUGGGGAAUACUUUAGGUGACCCUUCUCAUGGAAUCAUUGAACUCAAGGUGAACCAUAUGGAUCAAUCCACCGCGGAACUCCGGAAACUGGUUCACCCAGGAUGCGCCGACUACGCUAUCAUUCGAACUACCAAGGAAACAGAAACCCCACAUAACUUUGCCGGUGCUAUCUACACAACCCUUCUCGCAGAAAACACAAACAGUAAACCAAUGAUCGGCCGGCUUAGGUUGGAGAUCGGACAGACUGUGUGGGUCGAGGCACCGACUACCGUCAGUGCCGGUUUCGUGUUUCUCAUUAUAAAGCCCACUACAUCUCUAUCUCUAGAUCACGGAGUAACCUUUGAACGACUGGCAAGGCUUGAGGCCGAGAAUGCGCGACUACAGCAGCAAAUCGCCCUCUCUAGGGAGAUCAUGGAAACGUCGAAGAUAAACUAUAUUUGCCCGUCCCGCGAUUGCUACGAAGGGUUCAAUGACAUGAAAGCAUUGAAAAAUCAUUGGAAAAAGCGCGAGAUAAAGAACGGGUAUGAAGAUCCUCAUGUUAGGUUUCUUGAACGGUCUAAAGAUCAUCCCGCAUUUUUCGCUGCCUAUCAAGAUGGCUUAGAGUCCGAUCUCCCUGUAACGCGUGUUCCUCCUGAUCACACUUGCUUUCGCCGCGACUUUAUCAUCUCAGAAAGUAAAAGGGAUCCACCGUUUACUAGAGGCGUAUCAGCCAAUAAGGGUGAGUACUUGAUUUUCCUCGUUGUUGACCGGUCUGAGCUGCGCAACCCAAGCCCGGAAAGAUAUAAACAUGAGAUUAUGUCGGAACCCCACUCAACCAGCUUAUCAUUUUAUCCAAUUUGUCUGUUCAAAACUGAUGAGUCUCGCUAG